CUAGCUUUCGCGUGUCCAGCCAUGCCGGCGGCGCGCGUGGAGUACAUCGCACCCUGGUGGGUCGAGUGGCUGCACAGAGUCCCGCACCUCGGCCUGCGCCUGCAGCCAGUGGACAGCACCUUCAGCCCCGCCGACGAGACCUACCAGGAGUCGCUGUUGUUCCUGGGGGUGUUGGUUGCCAUUGGCCUGGGCCUGAAUCUUGCCUUCCUCGCUAUUUACCUGGUGUGCGCCUGCUGCUGCCGGCGGGACCAUGCGGUGCAGACCAAGCAGCGAGGCUCGUGCUGCGUCACCUGGACGGCUGUGGUGGCUGGGCUCCUCUGCUGUGCUGCUGUGGCCGUUGGGUUCUAUGGAAACAGCGAGACCAACGAUGGAGUAGACCAGCUGAUCUACUCCUUGGACAACGCCAACCACACCUUCUCUAGGAUUGAUGAGCUGGUAUCUGGAAACACCCAGAGGAUGAAAAUGGACCUAGAGCAGCACCUGGCGCGGCUCAGCGAAAUCUUUGCUGCUCGGGGUGACUACAUCCAGACCCUGAAGUUCAUGCAGCAGAUGGCGGGCAACGUUGUUUUCCAGCUCUCCGGACUGCCUGUGUGGAGGGAGGUCACCAUGCAGCUGACUGACCUGUCCCACAAGACUGCCUGGGUAGAAUACUACAGGUGGCUCUCCUACCUCCUGCUCUUCAUCCUGGACCUGGUCAUCUGCCUGGUCACCUGCCUGGGACUGGCCAAGCGCUCCAAGUGUCUCCUAGCCUCAAUGCUGUGUUGUGGAGUGCUGACCCUGAUCCUCAGCUGGGCCUCCCUGGCCGCCGACACAGCUACAGCAGUGGGCACCAGUGAUUUCUGCAUGGCUCCUGACACCUACAUCCUGAACAACACACAGAGCCAGAUCAACACAGAGGUGGCCCACUACUACCUGCAUUGUAGCCAGAGCCUAAGCAGCCCCUUCCAGCAGUCACUGACCAUCUUCCAGCGUUCACUGACCACCAUGCAGAUCCAAGUUGUAGGCCUGCUGCAGUUCGCUGUGCCCCUCUUCCCCACAGCAGAGAAAGACCUUCUCAGCAUCCAGCUCCUGCUGAACUCAUCAGAGACCAGCCUGCACCAGCUGACUGCCGUGUUGGAUUGCAGAGGACUGCACAAGGACUACUUGGAUGCCCUCACUGGCAUCUGCAAUGAUGGCAUCGAGGGCCUGCUCUUCCUAGGCCUCUUCUCCCUCCUCGCUGCCCUGGCUUUCUCUACCCUGACUUGUGCUGGGCCGCAGGCCUGGAAGUACUUCAUCACCAGGGACAGAGACUAUGAUGACAUCGAUGACGACGACCCCUUUAACCCCCAAGCUCGACGCAUCGCGGCCCACAACCCACAGAGGGGGCAGCUUCACAGCUUCUGCAGCUACAGCAGUGGUCUGGGCAGCCAGUGCAGCCUCCAGCCACCCACCCAGACCAUCUCCAAUGCUCCAGUCUCUGAGUACAUGAACCAAGCCAUGCUCUUUGGUGGGAACCCACGCUACGAGAAUGUGCCACUCAUUGGAAGAGGCUCCCCUCCGCCCACGUACUCUCCCAGCAUGAGGACCACCUACAUGUCCGUGGCAGAUGAGCACCUGAGACACUACGAGUUUCCAUCCUAAACCUCCCAGAAGAGCCACAUUGUCACACCGACAGCUCCCCAGCCAAGCUACAAAGCAGAGAGCACUAGGCACCGACCUGACUGUGUCUCACAUUCACCUGUGUGUUUCGUGAACCGCCUUUGUCUGUCCAUGCAGAUCUUGGAGCUGUGACCUCAAGGUGUUGCUCUAAUAUUGCCUCAUCAACUACGGAAGGACUUUUUAAUGCAUGUUAACUAAUCUAAAACUCCUCCUCGGGGGUUCUCAUAGGGGCUAGGUGGGCAAACCUUUGCUUGACAUAUGUUCACCCUCGCCCGGAAGAGAAUAAACCACUUGUACUAA